AUGUCAAAUUACGAGCAGCCAGGGGAACGUCGAGAAGACCCGCUUAAACUUCUACCAUUCGCAACAAAUGCGCUAUUCAAUUCGUAUGACCGCCAGCACGAACCCAUCUGCCUUCCCAACACCCGUGUCGACCUUCUACAAGAGAUAUAUAACUGGUCUGAUGGACACGAUGUGCGGUGCAUCUUCUGGCUAAAUGGCUUAGCCGGCACAGGGAAAUCGACGAUUGCGCGCACUAUUGCUCGCAGAUACUCUGAGCGAGGGCAUCUUGGGGCCAGCUUCUUCUUCUCGAGGGGCGUCCAAGAUGUGAGCCAUGCCGGCAGGUUCUUCACAAGUCUUGCCGUGCAACUUUCAAAUCAGGUGCCAUCUCUCCAACAUCAUAUCUCUGAUGCUAUUUCCAAGAACAAAGACAUUGCGAACCAGUCCCUCAGCGAUCAGUGGCGCCAGCUUAUCUUCCACCCCCUAUCGAAGCUAAACAGCAAUGACAGCCAACGCUGCUAUAUUCUCAUAAUCGAUGCUCUUGAUGAAUGUGACAACGAAGGCCACAUUCGCACAAUUCUGCAGCUUCUAGCUGAGGCUCGAUCGUUGACGACAGUACGACUUCGAGUCUUUUUGACGAGUAGACCUGAAAUUCCAAUUCGACACGGGAUAUUCGCCAUCCCGCAAGCUGAACACCAGGACUUCGUACUCCACGGCAUAGAUCGAACAAUUGUCAACCAUGAUAUCUUUCUCUUCUUAGAAUAUAAUCUGGGGACAAUCGGGCAGGAGUGGACUCUUGGAGCUAACUGGCCCGGCGAGGAAGUUCUGACACAGCUAGUCCUAUAUGCUUGUGGCCUCUUUAUUUGGGCAGAAACAGCUUGUCGCUUUAUUCGUGAGGGGAGGCGAUUUGCACGCAAGAGACUGGACACAAUUCUCAAGGGUAGUAGCAGCGCUAUUACUGUACCAGAGAAGCACCUCAGUGAGAUCUACCUUGCUGUCCUCAAGCACUCAAUAUCCCCGGACUAUUCGGAGGAAGAGAAAGAAGAUUUAUAUAGUAUGCUAAAAAAACACGCUCGGAAGUGUGGUAGUCUUACUUUCACCCCUUUCAACUUAUUCAUUAAGUAG